ACACUGGAGGGAGAGAGCUGCCAGUUGUUCCCAUAACAUCACUAACACUCAGCGGCGGGACAACAACAUGAGGAUCCCGCUGAUUCCCAUACUGUUGGUCGCGGCCGCCGCCUGCGUCCCUUCCCUGUGUGGCAGUGGGGACCCGCCCGACCUCCGGCCGGAGGCCCCCGUUGAGACCCGCUCCCGCUUCGCUGCUCUCGACGAUGUGCGUCUCCUGGGCAACGGCCUCCUCCAGCUGGGCCAGAGCCUGAGGGAGUUUGUGCAGAAGACGAAGGGACAAAUAAACGACAUCUUCCAGAAGCUCAACAUCUUUGACAACUCAUUUUACCGGCUGUCGGUGCUCGCCAGUGAAAUCAAAGAGGAAGAAGAGGAGCUGAAGAAGACCACGGUGGUGCUGAAGGCCAACAACGAAGAGAUCAAAGACAUGUCCGUUAAGAUCGGCUCCAAAGUGGACAUCAUCCUGCAGGAGAAGAGUCAGUUGAAGAGCAAGGUGGAAGGGCUGGAGGAGAAGCUGAGCGGCAUGUCACACGGCCUGGUGACGAGCGAACAAGUGGCAGAGAUCAACGGCCUCAGGGAAGUGAUCCACAGCCAGGAGCGCAGCAUCACGGAGCUGCUGGAGGCUGUGAGGGAGCAGAGCGACCAGCUUAAUCACCAGAGAGCCAAGAUCAGGAUUCUAGAGGAAAAGUUUACGGUCAACACGUUGACACAAGAGACCAACGAGAGGAUGCCUGGCAUCUUCAAAAGUGAAGCACCAACACUCACCCCUUACCUGACCUCAAGCUCCACCAGCACCACCAGCAUGAUGAAUCUGCCAUCAGACUGCAGUGACCUGUUCAGCAGGGGGGAGCGAGUCAGUGGUGUCUAUGCCAUCAGACCCAACGGAACGGAGCCCUUCAUGGCCCUUUGUGACAUGAGCAAAGAGCAUGGAGCAACAGUCAUCCAGCGAAGGAUGGAUGGCUCUGUGAAUUUUGAUCAAACCUGGGUGAAGUAUGAAAAUGGGUUUGGAGACCUUCAAGGGGACUUUUGGCUGGGUCUCAGGAACAUCCACUCUCUAGUCACUCAGGGCAGCUCCGUCCUACACAUCCAGCUGGAAGAUUGGAAACAGAACAGGCGCUUCAUUGAAUACAGAUUCAACCUCAACGGUCCUGAAAGCAACUACACCAUUCACCUCACGCAUCUGUCUGGAGAUUUGCCGGACCCCAUGAUCAACCACACGGGCAUGAUGUUCUCCACCAAGGACAGGGACAAUGACAACCACCAGGAAUCAAACUGUGCCCACGACCACACAGGUGGAUGGUGGUACAACGCCUGCGGAGACACCAACCUGAACGGGAGAUACUUCCACAUGAGACCUAAGGGGCGCUCAGAUCGCAGGAGAGGGAUUCAGUGGAAGCCGGCCCAAAAGACAUAUUUCUCCCUCAAGCUUACCCAGAUCUCUGUGCACCGCGCGGCUGACGCCAUUACCGCGCCUCCCUCUUCUGCCUCCACGGAAACAGGCGUCUUUCUGUGAUCCAGUACCGGUAUUCUCAGUGAAAACGCUGCAUUUAACCGCGGCCCCCUUCAGGAGAGCUUUGACAAUGCUUCACAUGGACGGCCAUGAUUUAAGACGGCUUGGGCUGAGGCGAAGGUGUUUCUUCCGAGUGUCAAGUUCAAGUAGAUUGAGUCAGAGAGGACACUAAACAAGCGUUUUGUGAGAUUGAGAGAGCCAAACCAAAUGUAAUAGAACACUAUGUAUUGUGACAUAUGAAAAAUACCAAAACACAGUUAACACACAAGACAUGUUCACUCAGUGUAUCUUGAAGGUCAAGGGUUAUGGAGGAGGAAUUCAAACGUACAGUCGUGUGGGUGAGCAGUUUUGUAUCGGGUCACAUUGACUCAGAACAUACAUCAUACAGUGGUUUCCGACAUGGCGGAGGCGGUCGAAGAGGUCGCAAGAUACAUCUACGUCUGGAGCGAAUCAAAAGGAUACAAACGUCUACUCUGUCAUCUUAAAAUGAUUUAAAUGAACCAAUUACUGAAUAUAGAAAAGUGCUUCAGAACCCAAGAUGUAUUUAUUAUUAUAAAGGACCAGAAGUGAGUCGUCCGUGACCUGCUAAUGGUUGAAACUGUUGACAUUAUAUUUUUACAUAUGAUUAUUUGUUGUUUUGCUUCAAAUAAAACAUUUUUUUUGAUCAUCGAAGACAAAAAUCCA